UUCAGAUACAAUGGUCGAUUACUUGCAACACUGUCCUCAGUGCUGAGCAUCGUGGUUACGUUAAAGGUAGUUGCGAUUGUCGACUAAUGGUGUGAUGUAUUUAUUGUUGUUAUUGUGAAGAAUGUACGUACCAUCUUAUGAAUAAAAACUGAAACAUUAAUUUUUAUGUGAUACUAGUGUUUAAAAGAGAUUGGUUAUUAUUGGUAUUGGCCAUAUAUGAUGUUAAGACAUAAUUAGAAUCAUGGUGAAAAGGAUGACAGUUGAUUCAGAAAAGAAACCUUAUCCAGUAAUGGAAAAUCAUAUUGAAGAGGACAAACAGAUCAUCGAAGGAGCAGUUCAAAUUAUAUUGUCCAAGCCUGAUCAUAAAUUUGAACUAGAUGAAGAAGCUCUUGAAUCAUUACUCCUUCAACCUGAUAUAAAAGACCGGCAUGUAGUAGUUGUAUCUGUUGCAGGAGCCUUUCGAAAAGGGAAAUCAUUUAUCUUAGAUUUCUUUCUGAGAUAUAUGAAAUCAAAGUAUGUUUGUAAAAAUAUUACUACAGAUGAUGAUGAUUGGAUGGGACCUGAAAAUGUGCCCUUAGAAGGGUUUUCUUGGCGAGGAGGUUCAGAACGUGAUACGACUGGGAUCCUGAUGUGGUCUGAAAUAUUUUUAGCUACGCUGCCCAACAAAGAGGAGGUUGCAAUAAUCUUAUUAGACACCCAAGGCACCUUUGAUAGUGAAAGUACUGUUCGUGAUUGUGCUACUGUUUUUGCUUUAAGCACCAUGAUUAGUUCAAUUCAAAUAUAUAAUCUUAGUCAGAAUAUCCAGGAAGAUGACCUCCAGCAUCUUCAGCUUUUUACUGAAUAUGGGCGUUUAGCUCUUGCUGAUACUGGGAAAAAACCGUUUCAGAAACUUCAGUUUCUUGUUCGUGAUUGGAGUUUUCCUUACGAAGCAGAAUAUGGCGAGAUUGGUGGUCAAAAAAUACUAGAUAAGCGUCUACAGAUUUCUCAAAAACAACAUCCUGAGCUUCAGUCUAUAAGAAAGCACAUACGUUCAUGUUUUUCUGAUAUAGGUUGCUUUUUAAUGCCUCAUCCUGGACUUAAAGUUGCAACUAACCCAAAUUUUGAUGGAAGGCUUUCAGAUAUCGAACCAGAUUUCAAAAAAUGUUUAAACAAGUUAGUUCCCCUAUUAUUAGCUCCUGAGAAUCUUAUACUUAAAGAAAUCAGUGGACAGAAAGUGAAAGCAAAGGAAUUACUACAGUAUUUUAAAUCAUAUAUAACAGUUUAUAGUGGUGAUGAACUACCCGAACCUAAAUCAAUGCUUGUGGCAACAGCAGAAGCUAAUAAUCUAGCUGCCGUUGCUGCUGCCAAAGAAACAUACCAUGCCAUGAUGGAGGGUGUUUGUGGUGGAGCGAAACCAUACCUAAGCACAGCCUUACUUGAAAAUGAACAUGUAAGAAUCAAAUUGAAAGCCAUGGACCAGUUUUCAAAAAAGAGGAAAAUGGGUGGAGAAGAAUUUUCUGAAACUUACAGGAUGAAAUUGGAAUCCGAUAUGGAGGAACUCUACACUCAAUUCAGAAUGCAUAAUGAAAGCAAAAAUAUAUUUAAAGCUGCAAAAACUCCAGCAGUUUUUUUUGCUCUAGCUGUAGCAUUUUAUAUCCUCUCAGGUGUUUUUGGAUUAGUAGGAAUGUACAGCAUUGCUAAUCUGGCAAAUUUAGUAAUGGGUAUUUCUCUAGUUACUCUCAUUACAUGGUCUUAUGUCAGAUAUAGUGGGGAAAUGAUAGCCAUUGGCGAAAAAAUAGAUGAAGCGGCUAUAUUGCUUUGGGAAAAUUUUAUGAAGCCCACAUAUGAAACUUUUGUUGAAAAAAGUAUCGAACAUGCUGUACAGAAUUCAACUCUACCAUCCAUAACAUCACCAAUAAAGAAAGAUGUAAAUGGAAAACAAUAGCAGUGAUUGAUGUUUUAUUAAAAAUUUGGUCAUUACCUGUGAAAUGUUUUGUAUAAAACAUUUGGUGAUCAUACUGAGUGCCUAGUGACUAUGUAUGUAGAUUCGAAACUUUUUCUUCAUAAGUAUUUCUUUCUGUAAUUGUGAAUGAAUUGGAGAUAUUGUGGGCUAAGUUAAUAAUAUGCCUGUGAUUGGUAGUGUUCUUGAAAUCAAAGAAACGAUGUUGAUGUUUGAAUAUUGCUCUCUAAAAAUAUGUAUAUUUAUAUAUACAUGCAUAUAUAUAUAUAUAUAUAUAUA